CCGGCCCGCCGCUCGGCCUCGGCAGGCCGGGACAAGCGGUCCGAGUUACGGGCGCGGUACUGGGCGCUGCUGUUUGGAGACCUGCAGAGAGCUAUCGGCGAAAUCUACAACACAGUUGAAGCCCACGAGAAUUUGAACGAGUGCCAAGAAGUUAUACUAGUACUAGAGAACUACACCCGCGACUUUAAAGCAUUGGGUGAAUGGUUCAGGCUGAAGUGGGAGUAUGACAAUACGCCGCCGCCGCAACGGCCGCAGAGCUUAGCAUGGGAGAUUAGAAAGACUGAUUUUGUACGACCCGAGUCCAGGCGGACCCAUUCCGUCAAGAGCUCACCCUCAGUGUCAGGCAAAAAUAGCCCUUGCCUCUCUGGACAUAACACACCCAGUGGCAAGAACAGCCCCAACCUAACAGGCAAAGCCAGUCCAGGCAGCGGGAAGAUCAGUCCCAGGAUAUCUUCAGGGCAUUCCAGUACUAGUCCGAAAGCGAAUAUUGAAUUUUUCAGCAGCAAAAUAGCAGCUUCCAAAGUCACGGCCAAGCCGGAGCCAAAUUUGACUAAGGAAUCGUCUAGGUUGUCUGAUAUUACUGAGAAAGAAAUAAAAGAAAACCAUGACUCUAAAAAAGCUGAGAAGGAUGAAGGAAAACCAGUGACAAAUGUAACAGCUGUUGUCGAAAUAGGCAAAGCCAAAGAAUGCCCGAACGCUAGCCCCAAACAAGUGGUUAUCAAAUCGCCGAAGCGGGCUUUGACAAAUCAAGAAAGUCCAGUGAAUUCGGCUAAAGGCUCACGCAAAUCAUCUGUUGAGUCCUCUUCUCAGAUCAAUCAAGCGAGAGAGAUAACAGCCAAAUUGGAGGCAAUGGAGAAUGAGUUUUUGGCGAAGCAGCUCAUCGAAAAUAAAAUUAAAAACGAUAACAUGCUUAACCAUGACAAAGAAACUGAAAAACCAAACGAAGAUGUAAUUUCAAAUAAUAUUGAAACAAUUAAGCUGGAUAGCAAUCUUACAAUAGAUGCAGAAGAAAAAUUAAUGAUGGUGGAUAAUAAAUCUGUAAGUUCUUCAGAAUCUCCGACAAAAUCAGAAGAUAACUUUGGUGAUAUCUCUAACGAAAGUUCGACAAAAUCUCUUGAUGCAAAGACUCCAGAUAUACCGGAAAAUAUCGAAAAGUUGUCACAAAUACUCGAAAGUGACAAUGUUGAAGAAACUACUGAAUCAAAUGACACUGACACAUCAGAGUCAGUUGCCAAAGUGAGUAACACAGAUGAAGCAAGUGAUGCUAAAAUGAUUGUUGAAGUUCAAGAAACAGCUGACGAGAAUGGCGUUGAAAUGCCUAAUAAAGUUGAAAAAAAUUCCGACGUAAAUAACGCUGAAAUUACUCCUAAAGUUGAAAAAUCAACUAAAACCAAUGACGCUGAAAAAAAACUUAAAAAAGUUUUAGAAACAGAUGAAGUAAGUGAAGCUGGAGUGACUGUCAGUGUUGAAAAAUCAGCGAAGUCAAAUGAUGCUGAGGUGGUUGUGAAAGGAAAAGCUAAUACAGUAAAUGAUACUGAAGUGACCGUCAAAACUGAAAAGACGGUUGAAGCAAAGAAUUCAAAAGUUACAGUCAAAAUUGAAGAGAUAGCUAAAGUAAACAAUGCAGAAGUAAAUAUCAAAGUUAAAGAAGGUAAUUCUAAAAAAAAAUCUGAUUUAACAAACGCAAUACCAGAAAAAUCCAACCUCAUUACAGAAAAUAAAAUCGAAAACACUAAAGGUGAUGUGUCAAAAGAUCUGCCUCAUAUCGCUGAUAACGAUAAAGCACCAAAAGAUUCUACUAUAAACAAAUUGGAGCCAAAUGAAACCGAUAAAUUAUCGAAAACUCCUGAGCAGAACGGUGCUUUAGAUGGCAAAGAAGAGCCCAGAAAAGAAGCUGAUAAAUCGAGCGAAACUAAAAUGAAUACGCGGCCUGCAUACUCUCAAGCCGCUGCGAAACCUAAGCCGGUAACUGUCCCCAAAACCGAAGUAAAAACACCAACUAAAACAACUACUUUGGUUAGAAGCAAAACUGUUGUCGAGAUUCGGCCUGUUGCCCCGAAACCCCAAAGGCCACAGUUUCCAAAAAAGAACCAAGUCAACAAAUGCAGUUACCCCUUUAACCUCACGACAGGUCGAAAAAGUCUUUUCGAUUCGCCCACUGCGACAAACAAAAAUGCUUUGCCGAAAAAACCCCUGAACAAAAAUGUUCAACUCGCGUCAGGUGAUAACAAAUCUAGUCAAAACAAAAUCGAUACGAAGAAGCGACCUCCGAGGCCGACGUCUUUGAAGGUAGACGACCGUGACACUAAAAAAGAUAAGAACAACCCUACUCUGGAGAAAAUCAAAGAUUGCGACGAAUACGGCAGUUCCGACACAAUCGUCACACAAAUCGACAUGACUAGAAUUGAAUCUAGUGAAAGUCUCAAAACUUUAGUGCCAGAUGAAAUGCUGAUGAUUGACGACGUUGGGAACUCGAUUGAAGUUCUUAACGUAGAUAAUAAUAAGAGCGACAACGAGGGCUGGCUCACGGUGAAGUCGAGGCGUCUCAGUCGCGAAUCGAAGAAGCAAUCGAAAUCGCACUGGGCUCAGAGGUUCCAUCAGCCUUCAGCUACCACAAGUCUCCCCACACUGAACAUGAUAGAAUCCCCUAAGCAGGAAACGAAGCCAAUUGUAGAUUCUCCUAAAAAUGCCAAACUAGACCGCGCCAAAUCCGAACAACCUCAGGUUGUAAUUAAACCGGAAAAAGUUGUAAAAGUAGCCGUGACCGUCACUCCAGAGGCGAAAAUUAAAGACCCGGCUAUGAUCAGACAGAAAUCUGAUGUGACUGGACUGAAAUCUAAGUCUUCUCGAAGCAAGGCUUUGACUAAGAAAGUCGAGAAAUCCAAAGAUGAAAAGACCCAUGAUGACGAGACUUCAGACUUGACUAAAAACAGGCUGCACUCUUCCCUAGAAAGCCUUACUACAGGUCUCGCUAGGUCUCAGGAGAGUACCGAAGAGGCGUUUGAUUUUGACAAGUGGAGGUCUGAGUUCAGAUCUACCUUCAAAUACUUCGACGACGACGAUCAGAUCUUGAAUCACACUGAUAUUUUGGAAUCCGCUGAUCCUUCGGAAAGGUCCGAAAUUGCUGAAAUGACGUCACAAAUUGAGGAAAAUGAGAAGAAACUCGGUUGGGCUUUGGACUUCCAGGCUGAGGUCGACCAGAGGAAGUUGUGUGAAGAAGAGGAUUUGUUGAACAGACAAAUAUUGGAGCUGCAGCAAGUUUCUGACAUCGAUUUGGAUACUGAAACUGACGAUACUGAGACCGACGCAGAGAUCCUGUGCGAAGACACAACUUGCCACGUGGACGAAGUAACCGGCCGCUUGGUGGCAAGUCUUGAAGACCGGUAUGAGACUGCCCUAGCCGGAAUGUCGUGGGCUGAGCGUGUGGAUACGCUGGGCGCUUUAGAAGCGCUUGUGGCCAGAGAUCCUGGUCGCGCCCAACAACUCCACGCGAAGUUAUCCCAAGGCAUCAAGCGGCGUGGCAGUCUUCAAGAUGCAUUGCGAAGGCUGCAAGCUAAGCAAGCGCGAGCCGAGCGUCAAAGACUGGAAUACCAAACUGAGAGGGCUAAGAAGAUUCAUCAGCUGUUAGCUAGAGUUGAAGAAGUCAAGGUCGCAAAAAAUCAGUUGAUCGAAGAAAAGAGACUAAGAAUGGAGAAAAGGCUUCAAAAAGCCACAGAGAACAGGGAUCAGCAUUUGAAGGAUAUAGUCCGCAAAGCUCACGACGAAGAAGAGAAACUGCGUGAGAUUGCUUUCAUAAAGCAGCUUGAAGCUGAGAACAGACGCCACGACUUCCUCGACCAAUGUCGCUCUCACACCACGCGCCUGCGACAGAUGAGGCGCGAGAGACUUACUAAGCUGGAACAAAAGGCAGCCCGCGAGGCCGCCGUGGGCGCCCGACGGGAGGCCUUAGAGGCAGCACGCCGCCGCCGCGUGGAGGCGUUAGUGGAACGCCGCAAGCUACGGGACGCCAGGCGGGACACAUUGGACCAACUCAAGAGGCAUGAGCGCCAUCGAUUGGCUAAGGAGAAGGCGGAAGGCGUAAAGUCCCGUCUCUCAGCAUUAGCAGCGGCAGCGGAGUUAGAAGCGGACGCGUUACGUUCCCGCAUCCGCGACAAGCAGGACGCGAGCCAGCAGCGGCUGGAGUCCCAUCUACAGGCCAUCCGGGAAAAGGCCACUACUGGGCCCCGGCAGGCGACAACCUCCGAAAGCCAAGACCAAAGCACAAAGGAAGAGAGGGAACUCGCCGAGCAAGCGGAGAGGCUGGAACAAGAGAGAAAGGAACGAGAGAAGCAGAAAGCCAUUAAGAAAAAAGCCAGGAAGGUCAAGCAGAAACUGCUGGCUUCUGGCAACGUAAACGACAUCUUCACCGAUCACACGAUCGUUCCGUUCGAGCCUCUAUACCCUACUACAGGCAAACUGCACAAAACAAUCCACACCCUCACCAACAUAAUCAACCCUCUGCUCGACUCCAUCGAACGCAGCGACUACCAGAACGGUCUAGAAGAGAAAAAGAAGAGAAAAAAAAAGAAAGAAUCGCCCGAACCUGAAAAUAGGAGCGAAGCAGAAAAUAAUAAUAACACUGAGGUCGUUCCUCCAGAAUGUUCUAAUGGAGGGAAGAAGAAACGAAAGAAUAAGGAACCUAAACUGAGCAAAGCGAACUCGGUGUGUAGCUCGCUGAGCGAUAUGAGCCGAGCGAGCAAUAAGAGUGAGCGGAAGGCUAAUAUAGUGAUUGAUGUACCGAUGUUAGAGAGGCAGUUGAAUGAACUCAAUCGGCUUAUGGAGAAGUUUGAUAGGAACUCGAGCGACAAGAUUGUGUUCCAAAAGAUCCACGGGCUCAAGCUGCUCGGGCAGUUGUUAGCUGUCGCUGCGGAAAGAGAGGAGCUGGCCUCGCAGCUCACUGCUAAGCUGCUGGCGACGGCGGUGACGGUGGUGUCGCGCGUAGUAGGCGGCUGCGCCGUCAGCGCCGCCUACCUGCUUACCACCAACACCACGGUCCACCUCGUCACGCUGCUCAGCGAACAGCUGGAAAAGAACAUGAACGACUACAGAGAACUAGAGCUCGCUAAGCAACUGUGUGACUGCCUCUCAGUGGCACUGGACUCGGUGCUGUGCUCCACCAGGGUGUACGAGGAGACCAAGGAAGAGGGCAAGACUGGUCAAGAGCUGGUCAGCCACUGCGCUGCCAUGAACAAGGCGCAUACCAUCAUCAGGGUCGACGAGGAGAGCAAGGAGGCGGAUAAAGAGGAGAUCGACCUGCUGGUCACACUGAGGACCAGAGCGCACACGCUUAUCAGCUACAUCUGCCUCUGCGGCUGCAUCACCAAGGCUGAGAAAGCUGGCGAAGCGCGCGAGAGCAUUCAAACCCUGCUCACCGUCUGCGCCGACCUGUGUCACCCUUGUGACGUCGAUGUGGGCUCCGAGCGCAUAUCAGCGACCCAGUCGCUCCGCUGCGCCCUCGGCACCGGCAUGUGUGGCUCCCGAGCGGAGUUCUGCGUGCUGUUCGCGCGUGGAGCGCAGAUCGGCGGCGAUGGUAGCGGCGGCUUCGUACGGGCGGCCAGAACUGCUCAUCUAUUGCGAGCUCUAGCUGAGCUGGACCAUCAUAUUGUGCAGGUCAGUAAGAUAGACUUGCUAUUCUUAGGACCUGGACCAUUACAUUCUUAG